AGUAUUGCAGAUUUGAUAAACUCUUGUGCUGUAACAGCUUUGAAGUUUCUCAAUGGACCCGAUGUACCGGUGUACUAUGGACGACUAGACAGAAAUGUCCCCGAUCCAACUGGUCUUAUUCCUGAACCAACUAUGAGUUUAUCUGCUCUUAUUAAUGCUUUUAGCGCCAUUGGAUUUAGUAAAGAAGACGUGGUCACUUUAUCUGGAGCUCACAGCGUGGGAGUGUGUCACGGUAUUCCGAUGUGUCCUGGUCACAAUACCUCAUUUGGUAACCACUAUUACCAGGAACUGAUUGAAGGAGAUUUAUCCGGCAAGCUACCCACAGAUGUGGAGUUGUUGGAGGAUAAUACUAUGAGGAGCUUAGUACAGCAAUAUGCCAACGACAAUUCUCAGUUUUUCUCGGACUUUUCUCGUGUCUUUGGCAAAUAUAUUUCUAGGAUACAUUGCAAUCAAACCUCUACAGGUCCUUGUCCUUUGGAUGAUAUCGGCAAUAGCACAACUAGCACUUCUACUAGCAGCGUUACCAGUAGUGUUAUUCCAGUAGUUGCUUCUCCUAGCAGUUCAUUUCCAUCAUCAUCUAGCCCAAUUAUUAUAGGAUCCCCAAUCGUUAUUAGUUCUUCUUCUAGUAGUAGCAGUAGUACAUCCUCAAGUGAGUCGUUCCCUCCAGUUCCCCCUAUUUCUGGACCUUUUUCCAAUCCACCGUCUAAUCCAGGUGGAUCCGUUCUUUCUGUGUAAAAGAGAACAUAUUAAACAGAGCUUCCUGUGAAAGAGAUGGUCCAAAGUGACCCAUUAUCAUUGUCAUAAAAACAAAACAUGUUAUGAUAAUCCAUUGAAAAUAUCUUUCUAGUAAUGAAUAUGCAGCGAAAUGA